CGUCUGUAUUAUGUUGAGGCAAGUGUAUUUUAGUAGUAUGAUAAUCAAAAUAAUUCGGUUUUCUCAGGUUUUCAACACUUUUGGACGGAGAUUUUGCAGCGGCUUUACAUCAUGUGAAGAUGAAAAGGCAAGAGAUAAUAAAUUCAUAGAGAUGUAUAUGAAGUACUUAGAUUUAAAUGCAGAACAGGCAAAAAAGUUCUUGUCAGGAUACACAAGUCUAUGGGGACAAAAUGCUGAUUAUACUGAAAUUGAAAAGACAUUAAAAUAUUUGAGAACAAACAAAUUUUCAAAUUACGAUGUCAUAGAACAUCCAACAUGCCUCUUUAUCAAUCCAGCGACUUAUGAGAAUCGAGAUAUGGUCUUCAAAGAAUGCUUAUUUCAAAACGUAAAAUUGAGUUUUUACAUCAGAUAUGUCUCAAUAAUGAACAAAAAUCUAGCAGUGCUGAAAGCAUAUCAAUAUGUUCAUCCUUCGUCAGAUGUUGUUAAUAAUCUUAGGAAACAACUAGAUAUACCAGUAAAAUUAGAAAAAGAACUGGCAGAUACACUUUCACUAAAUGAAAUUAGAAGAGAAAUUAUGAACAAGUAUUUAAAAGAGAGACUGCACAUGACAGAUGACGAAAUAGUAAGAGCUCGUAAAAUUUAUACACAUAUGAAGCAUCGGAAUUUGAGAGGCAUGGUUGAAACUGUAAAUAUUCUUAUCGAUGAAUUAAACUUCUCGAAAGAGAGAAUCACAAAGAAUUCAUACUUGCUUCAUGCCCGUGCUGAGAACAUUAAAGCAAUUUUGAUAGAAAUACCAAAAAUAGCUGAAAUGGACAUUAAGGAAGUUGUGCAUGCAAGACCAAAAAUUUUAAUGCAAAAUUGUGAGACAUUAAAAUCAAUAAUUCAACACGUAAGGAAUUUCAAUAUUCCAGACGAAGCGAUUAUCAAGUGCCAUGAAAUCUUAACAUUAAGUUCUGAUACUGUUUAUAGUCGUCUGUGUGAACUUCAUAAAGUAAAGGAAUUUAGUGUUAUGUUUAACAAUCCUCGCAUUUUAAGAUUGAUUCACUAUCAGACGAAAGCAAAAACCCGUUUGGAAUAUCUGAAGCAGCUCAAAAUGCGAUGCUUUUCUUUGAACUUACUUUCUGGACCGACUGAGACGUUUGAAAAGUAUGCAUACAUUGGUGGCGAUAAGACAAAAGGAAAGGAAAUUAUAGAAUUUUUUAGCAAUACGUUUAAGAUAGAACAGAAAAUUGUCAGGGAAAUGCUGCAUUUACAUCCACAUUGGGUUCAAGUACCUGUUUUGUCAAUUAAUAAUACAAUGUAUUUUUUCCGCUACAAAGGAUUUUCCAAAGAGGAUAUGCUUCAAAACUUCCUGCUUCUUCUGUAUCCAAUUUCAAAAAUCCAGCCAAAAUUAGAUGCUUUAUUUGAAUGGAAAUCCGAGUCAGAUGACAAUAGAAAAAUUAGUGAUGUAGAAGUAAAAACAUUAUCAAAUUCGAAGCUUUUAAGUCUCUGUUUGUAUUUCAUCGAGUCAGAAUAUCAUUUUACAGGAAACGCUAUAUUUGAAAUUAAUAAGUUUGAUAACAAAAAUGAUCCAUCAAUGAUUCCUGAUCUUCCAAAGUCAUUAAUAGAAAAGAAAUAUAGAUUUGGUACAAAAGAAUCGCAAAAAGUUGCUCACGUUAAUGUUGAAUAAAAAAAUUAUCAAAG